AUGAUUUCUUGGUGCAGACUGCCGACGCUCUGUGGGAUUAUCAUCCUCGGGCUGUCCCUCGUUUACUUUGCCUUCAUCGGGCCACCGUUGGUUCAUUCCAGAUUGGAUACUGCGAACCUGUGGCACACCGUUGCGCACUCGUUGCAUGGCCCACUUAAAUACACUGGAGCCAAAACCCACACGACUGGGUGCACUGUCGGGAAGCCGAAUCUGAUCCUCAGCGCAGUUGAUGGGCAAAAAUUGGAAGACCAGAUCUUCGUCUUCAUGCAGUCACUCGACGUUGCUCUUGGCGAGGAACUGUUGUCAAGCCAGCGCGCAAAGGCAUGUCCGCCAGCCUCUGUCCAUGUGCACGUCCUGGUACCAGCGCACUCCCUGGAAGAGAUCUCGCCAGCGUUCAAGGUGCUUCUGCAACGGUAUCCCGCCCUGGAACUCGUCCCAGCACUCCCAGACCUCGGCGGCGUAAAUGUCGUCCUGUGCCGCUUCAAGGGAUGGUCGGAGUACUUGAGGAAAGUUUCCGGCCAAUACGACAAAGUGCUAGCCAUCGACCUGGACGUUGUCUUCCAACGCAACCCCUUUGCCAUGGCGGUGGACCCUGGCGCCGAGCUGCUCUACUUCGCCGAAUGGCGAGGGCUGAAGAUCGGGCAAUGCAGCGUGCACGUUCGAUGGUUUGACGGCUGUGCCUUGUCAAACGCCAUCAAUCACAACGUCUCAUCGGUCUACAUGCCUCUGGACCGGAUCUGUGCCGGCUCGACCUACGGUACCGCACCAGCCAUGCAAAUCUAUCUGGACUUGAUGGCCGAGGAGCUUGCGGCGUCAGCCUGGAGCUGCAACGACCAGGCCAUGCACAUCCACAUCUACUACUCCGGGCUUCUAGACGCACAGCUGAGCAAGAAGGGUAUCGGGAGGGCCAAAUUGGUGCCAAACGCGGACGCACUGUUUGGCACGGUCGGCACUACGCCCAUGGUCCUGUUCAGCGAGUGGGGCGAGAUCCUUAAUGAAAAGGGACAGGUCCAGCACGUGGUGCAUCAGUUCAAGACCCACGCCCGACUUCGUGAGAUCGUCAUGAUGAAGUACGGCUGGUUGUCUCCCGUUGGGCAGCAGGACGCGAUUCCACCUGUCCCGGAGCUGGUCGAGGAGUCGGAGGUCAAGCAGCAAGGCAGUGGAGAAGGAGGGGACUCAGCUUCUUCUGGGACCAGCGAGGAGAAGCAUGCAUAUCAUCAUCCACACACAGCUUCCACUGCGCCCGACAAGACCGCAGAACUGAAGAGAUAUCAGCUGGCAAAGGUGUCGAACGAGUCGUGCAACGCGCAGGGGAUUUUGUGCUCGUGCAGGCAUUAUGACUGCCAGAUGCACUAUGAGCUGUUCUGA